ACAUUCUUGCUGAGUGAAUGCAUAGUACAUCUAAUUAAAUUAUAUGCUUAGUGAUAUAAGAUUUAAUCGUCUUGUGGUUUGAUUCAUGCCCUUUUUGUCAUUUGUUUAAUAAAUGUAAAAAAUAAUUAUGUUUAAAAUGAAACAGCUAAUUCUAAUAAUUCCAGUACUUGUCUUUUUUAGUCCAGUUUCUGGGUCGUAUGAUGACAAACGAUGCAAAUGUGUUUGUCCACGGCCAGCAGCACUAAACAACACUAUUGGUUCAGAUCGUACCCUUUAUAUUGGAAAUGUGCCACCCAACAAAUGUAACUGUGAUGGAAUCAUUCUUCCCCGUGUUGGAGAGUUGAUUAAAGGUCGUGAACAAGAGUUCUGUCCACAAUGUGAAUGUAUUUACGAGAAUAGAAACACAACAAUAAUUCAGGUUGUCGUAAUUAUAGUUGUAUGGGUGAUAAUGUUACUUGUUGCAUACAUGGGAUUCUUAAUCUGUCUUGACCCUUUAAUAAACAAGAGAGCUAAGGCUUCAUACCAGGAACAUACAAAUGAAGAUGAUGAGGGUACACUUGGUGGGCCAUCUCAACAGAUGGGUGCUCGUGGCAAUGUUCUCAACCGUGUCACCCAUCAACAAGAUAAAUGGAAGCGACAAGUUCGUGAACAGAGGCGUAAUAUAUAUGAUAGACAUACCAUGUUGAAUUAGAUCUGUAGCUAAUUCUACCAUAUAAUAUGUUACAUUAUGUACUACUUCAUCUUUGUAGCUAUCACAUUGCUGCUAUCUAAAAUAAUUAUAUGUUAAGUCUAUUUAUAAACAUACAUGUCUGAAUUUGUUAAAAAAAUUUAUGUAUGUUUAUAAAUGGUGAUAGACUAAAAAUAGUUUAGACUUUAGACUAACUCUAUUUCAUGUUUUGAACAUUAAUAAAGGCAUUUCUUACUGCAA